AUGUUGCCCUCGGUCAUUAACAGCUGUCCGUCAGCAGAUGACGACUUUGAACAGCUGGCUGAGUACCAAGAACAGACGCCCGAAACCUUCUUUGAUGGAAAGCCCGUCCUGUACUUUCAUGACACAAGGAUCAAGGCUUGGUGUCCUGCAGAGCAAUAUGACCAGUUGCAUUUCUUCUCCCAAAACACGGCUUCUUCUCGAAACCAGCCGAGCCCACCUGAAUCUGCUGCACUCGAGAACGAUGGAGGAAAGCACAUACGCGAGGAACGAGUUGAGGUCUUCGUUGGGUCCAGCAAAUUGAUCAUCUUCUCUCACAACAGCGGCACAGGCCUUGAGAUCCCCUACCCCUCCAUUACUCUGCACGCCAUCAAGAACUUCAGGCACCUAGAGCACCCAGACGAUGCCUCCCACAAGUUCCUCGGCGUAUAUUUGCAGCUCGAGUUCUCCGGCGAUGGUGGCGAUGACGACGAUAGCUUCGAUCCCAUCGAACUUACCCUCGUCCCGUCGCAAGCAGCUUCCGAAGGGUCCACCAACAUUGACCCUUUGAACCCGGAGCGCACCUCGGCGCUAUACAAUCAAAUCUCGGCCUGCUCGAAUCUGAAUCCGGAUCCCGCCAACGAAGAGGAUGACGAGGACGCUUAUAUGCAGGACCGCAUUAUCUUUGAGGGUGAGGCAUUGGAGGGACUUCCGGGUGCGUUCCGCGGGGAUGAUAGUGGGGGUUUGCCGCCGCCUAUGCCGGGGAGCUCUGGGUGGAUCACGGCUGAGAACGUGCAUCAGUACUUCGAUGCUGAGGGGAACUGGAUCGGUCAGGGAGAGAACAGUGUCAGCGGUGAGCUAGGCGAGGGAGCUGGGCGGGUGAGAGCACGGGACGAGGUUGAGGAAGACGGGGUCAAUGGCCAUGAAGAUGAUGAGAAUGCUGAGGCUAAGCGCCCGCGCACUGAUUGA